CGAUCACCGCCGGGCCGCGCGGGCUGUGCGGCUCAUUGAGCGGUGACGGUUCUCAUCGGAUCACCGCAGCACCGGGGACCCCUCGCCCAAAUCUAAAUAGAAAUGGAGAGAAGAAUGAAGCAGCAGCAGCAGUGGCAGUCGCAGCAGAGAAUCCAAUACAAUAGUGGAAGAGGUGAUCUUGACGCGAUUCCUGUAGCGGUUUGAAUGAUCUGAGAUCCGGUUCUUCUGCUUCUCUUUUCUUCCUCGAUCUCUACGGAAUCCGCACGAAGCCGGUGCCAUGGCCGUGAAAGGGAAUGCAGCAGACAAUAGGACCAGAAGCUCUGUUUCUAUAUUCAUCAUAAUUAGUAUGUGCUGCUUCUUCUAUAUUUUGGGAGCAUGGCAGAAGAGUGGUUUUGGGAAGGGCGACAGCAUUGCCAUUGAGAUUACUAAGCAAACUGAUUGCACCAUCUUGCCAAAUCUUAGUUUUGAGACUCAUCAUAGUAGAUCAGAUUUCGGUGAUGAUAUUGGAGCGGAAGUCAGAACAUUUGAGCCAUGUCAUGAGCGUUAUAGGGAUUAUACUCCUUGCCAAGAUCAAAAUCGAGCAAUGUUGUUUCCUAGAGAAAACAUGAACUACAGAGAACGGCAUUGCCCCCCGGAAGAAGAAAAACUGUACUGUCUUAUACCAGCGCCCGAAGGCUAUGUUGCCCCCUUUCCAUGGCCGAAAAGCCGUGACUUCGUUCCCUAUGCAAAUGUACCCUACAAAAGUCUUACGGUUGAGAAAGCUGUUCAGAACUGGGUUCAAUAUGAGGGUAAUGUGUUUAGAUUCCCUGGUGGAGGAACACAGUUUCCUCAAGGGGCUGAUACAUAUAUAGACCAACUUGCAUCUGUUAUACCAAUUGCUAAUGGGACAGUCAGAACUGCAUUAGACACUGGUUGUGGGGUUGCAAGCUGGGGAGCUUACCUUUUGAAGAGGAAUGUGUUGGCCAUGUCAUUUGCACCAAGGGACUCUCAUGAGGCACAGGUGCAAUUUGCUCUGGAAAGAGGUGUCCCUGCAAUUAUUGGUGUCCUUGGAACCAUAAAACUGCCAUAUCCAUCUAGAUCCUUUGAUAUGGCUCAUUGUUCAAGGUGUUUGAUCCCUUGGGGAGCAAAUGAUGGCAUGUACAUGAUGGAGGUAGACCGGGUUCUUAGGCCUGGUGGGUACUGGGUGCUUUCAGGCCCUCCCAUAAACUGGAAGAACAACUACAAAGCAUGGCAGCGUACAGAGGAGGAUCUUGAGGAUGAGCAGAAAAAGAUUGAAGAAAUUGCUGAACUACUUUGCUGGGAGAAGGUCUCAGAGAAAAGUGAAAUUGCCAUUUGGAGAAAGAGAAUAAACUCUGAUUCUUGUGCUGUGAGGCAAGAUGAACCCCGUGUCAGAACCUGUGAAUCAUCAUAUGCAGAUGAUGUCUGGUACAAGAAGAUGGAAGCAUGUAUUGUGCCUUUUCCUGAGGUUGACAACCCUGAAGAGGUUGCUGGAGGAGAACUAAAGACAUUCCCAGACAGACUAAAUGACGUGCCUCCUAGAAUAGCAAGUGGUUCUGUUCCUGGUUUCUCAGUUGAGUCAUAUCAGGAAGACAACAGAUUAUGGAAGAAACAUGUCAAAGCUUACAAAAGAUUAAAUAAGUAUAUUGACACGGGACGAUAUCGGAAUAUAAUGGAUAUGAAUGCAGGAUUGGGUAGCUUUUCAGCAGCAAUUGAGUCACCCAAAUUAUGGGUGAUGAAUGUAGUACCCACAAUUGCUGAUAAGUCUACUUUGGGCGUGAUAUAUGAAAGAGGGCUGAUUGGCAUAUAUCAUGACUGGUGUGAAGGUUUCUCAACUUACCCAAGGACAUAUGACCUUAUCCAUGCCAAUGCUGUCUUUAGCUUGUACAACAAGAAUAGGUGCAAGAUGGAAGAUAUUCUUUUAGAAAUGGAUCGAAUUUUAAGGCCUGAAGGUGCAGUGAUAUUCCGCGAUCAAGUAGAUAUCUUGAUGAAGGUGAAGAGGAUGGUCACUGGAAUGAGAUGGAACACCAAGAUGGUAGAUCAUGAGGAUGGCCCUCUUUUGCAGGAAAAGGUUUUGGUUGCUGUUAAGCAGUACUGGGCAGGUGGCCACACUAAUGAAACAGUCGAAGUGUGAAUCUGAUCCAGUAAUCGCCACCAUAAAUCGGAUGUUAUCCCUAUACUAGUUGAUCAUGGAACCAGUUAGAGAGAGGCUAUCAGCUGACAACAGCUUGGAGAUUCGGACAACAUUCUUCGGCCGGAAAUAUUUUACCAUGUUUUUGGUGCUACAUAGCGAUUGUCGUAUCAGUUAAUUUUGCUUCCUUCUCUUCCUCCCUGCCUUUUGUAGUCUAUGUCCUCGCUUGCUAAUUUGACUCUUUUUAUGAGAUGAUCUGAAACCAUUGAGGUACCUGUGAAAUCCAAUGCAUUCUUUUCA